UUUUAAAUGGGUAUUUUGUUGAGAACUGCAUAUCCCAGAAUGCAGCGGGGCAGGCUCCGUCAACCACUACAUCAAAUCCGCAAUCUCAUUCACUCGCAGUCCGAGUCCGUGCUGAGGACAACAACUCACUACCUCUCUCUCUGUCUGCCCGUCUUCAGGAUUCAGGAUCUGAAACCUUCAGCAACAAAGAGUCAUUUCAGCACCAUGACCAGAGUUCAGUUCAUCCUGUCUAAUAUGACUCACAUGCUUGUAUCAUAAUAUCCCAGCACUUACAAACAAGGUGUAACAUAAAGGAUAGGCAGCUAUAACAGGACGAUUUUAUCUGAUUGAUGUGAUCACAAUGUAAACUUAUUAUGAAGUCUAAUGUACAGUAAGAGACGUGUUUAUUUAUUGCUAGAUCAUGUUUGGAGGUCUCAUCGUUUUUCCUUUUUCAUCUCUAGCCUUGCUGUAAAUUUAUAAAUUAAAACCUAGUUGUACUUGCAUUUUCUGAAGCAACACAUAAUGGCCAAAAUGACUUCAUCUUAUAAUGAUGAAACUAGGAGCGAUAUAUCAGAAUCCCCUGAAGUCUGUGAAUUUCAGGGUCACUAUGGAGAUUCAGGGGGUUACUACAAAACCAGAAGUUUGCCAACCCUUAACGGGACACGUCCGACAAUUCAUGAAACCCUGGAGCCCCGGCUGGUCAGCACGGCUCAGACUUCAUUACAUACUGACCACUGUUCUGUUUUCAGUGAUUUGCACCAAAAAAGAGACUUUAGUGAAUUGGAUUCACCUACCAAGACUGAUUUCUCACCCUCCAUGUCCAGCAUGAUGGGGCUUAGUAGCUCUAUGAGAACCGAGAAGGGCAGCAAAAAAAUCGGCUUUUCGUUGGCUAGAUUUAUUCGUUUUCCUGCUAGGAAAUACAUUAGAGUGAUUUUGUCUGACUCUAGGUGUUUCUUAUUCUGUAUGUGUUACCUGACGUUUAUCCAGUCGUUGAUGGUCUCGGGGUAUCUUAGUAGUGUCAUUACCACAAUAGAGAAGAGAUACAGUCUUAGAAGCUCCGAGUCUGGACUCCUUGUUAGCUGUUUUGACAUCGGGAGUUUGCUGGUGGUGGUCUUCAUCAGUUAUUUCGGAGGUCGGGGACAGAGACCCCGCUGGUUGGCGGUCGGUGGGGUGUUCAUCGCCGUAGGAGCAGCUCUGUUCUCCCUUCCGCAUUUCAUCUCCCCACCCUAUCAAAUCCAGGAGGUCAACUCCUCAACAGGGAAUGAGGGCCUGUGUAUGAAUGGCAAUGGGAGCAGAAGGGAUAUGGCGUCCUGUCCAAGGGACCAGGAGGGCAACGAUCACUCUGUAUACGUCGCCCUGUUUGUCUGCGCCCAGAUUCUGGUGGGCAUGGGUUCAACACCUAUCUACACACUGGGGCCAACGUACCUAGAUGACAAUGUGAAAAAGGAGAAUGCGUCGCUUUACCUUGCUAUUAUGUAUGUGAUGGGGGCACUGGGACCAGCUGCAGGAUACCUACUUGGAGGAGUUCUGAUCGGUUUCUAUGUGGAUCCCACAACCAUCAUCAACAUUGGGCAAAAUGACCCACGCUUUGUAGGCAACUGGUGGAGUGGUUUCCUACUUUGUGCUUUUGCCAUGCUGUUAGUCAUCUUUCCCAUGUUCACCUUCCCAAAGAAACUGCCCCCUCGCCACAAGAAGAAGAAAAAACAUGGAGUGGACAAUGUCUCUAAUGACGACGACGUCCUGAAAGAGAAAUCCAACAGCAACGGCCAGACGGUCGCAUCCUCCAUGGGAUUUGGAAAAGACAUCAAAGAUCUCCCAAAGGCGGCCAUACGGAUCCUCAGCAACAUGACGUUCCUGUUCGUGAGUCUGUCUUACACGGCCGAGAGCGCCAUCGUCACAGCCUUCAUCACCUUCAUUCCCAAAUUCAUCGAGUCGCAGUUUGGUAUCCCCGCCUCUAACGCCAGCAUUUACACAGGGGUUAUUAUCGUGCCCAGUGCAGGGGUCGGCAUCGUACUGGGUGGGUACAUCAUAAAGAAGCUUAAGCUGGGAGCUCGUGAAUCCGCCAAGCUGGCCAUGAUCUGCAGCGGGGUGUCUCUGUUGUGUUUCUCUACUCUCUUCAUUGUGGGCUGUGAGAGCAUAAACCUUGGCGGCAUCAAUAUCCCUUAUACCACAGGGCCGACGCUGACGCUGACUCACAGAAACUUAACAGGAGGCUGUAAUGUGAACUGCGGCUGUCGGAUCAACGAGUACGCUCCUGUUUGUGGCUCCGAUGGAAUCACAUAUUUCAAUCCCUGUCUGGCGGGAUGCAGCACAGUUGGCAAUGACAGCACCGGGAUCAGAAACUACACCGACUGUGCAUGCGUGCAAAGCAGACAGGUUAUAACUCCACCCACCAGUGGCCAAGGCAACCAGCUUCAGCUUGUCAUCGUAAAAACUUACCUGAACGAGAACGGAUUCGCUGUGUCAGGAAAGUGUGACCGCACCUGCAACACACUCAUCCCCUUCCUCAUCUUCCUCUUCAUCGUCACGCUCAUCACUGCUUGUGCGCAGCCCUCCGCCAUUAUUGUCACUCUCAGGUCAGUGGAGGAGCAAGAACGACCAUUUGCUUUAGGAAUGCAGUUUGUGCUGCUAAGAACUCUGGCUUACAUUCCCACACCCAUCUACUUCGGAGCCGUGAUUGACACCACCUGCAUGCUCUGGCAGCAAGACUGUGGCGUCCACGGCUCAUGCUGGGAGUAUGAUGUCACUUCCUUCCGCUUUGUCUACUUUGGACUGUCAGCAAGCCUUAAGUUUGUGGGCUUCAUCUUCAUCUUCCUCACCUGGUACUCGAUUAAAUACAAAGAAGAUCGCUUGAAGCGCUGGCAGCAGCAUUUGCCCCCACUGGGCACAGUAAGCGAUCUCAUCUGCCACGCAGGAGGACAGAAGAGCCACGCUCGCACCCGCUCCUGCCCCGUUUUCACGCCCCGUCCCGAGCAUGCGGACCAGCCUCCACUCAACCGCGGACACUGCAGUCAGAGCUGCCCCGGAAACGCCCUGAAAGCAAUAACCCCGCCCGCUCGCUCCGUGCCGAAAAUGCACUUGUACAUUUAAGGACACGCCCUGAUUCAUCCGCCUCUGUGUGCCUUCCUGUCAGGUGUAAUGACACGGUGCGACCGAACCUCCACCUGUUUCUCCGCUCGUCCCCCGCGUAGCUUCAGGGGCUCGCUGCGCUUGUGCAAACACACCAUCGCAGCAAACACGCAUCUCGUAAAAAUAACGUCGAGUACAUGCUGUAGAGAUGUGUGGAUGACAUUUAUGGUGCUAAUUUGGGGGAUUUGGGUGGAUGAUGUUUUCUCUAUUUAGUCUUGAUGAUUAUAUCAAAGACGUUCCAACAAGCACAAAGGAAAAUCAGUACUAUGCAAAGCUGUAUUAUCUACAUUCAAAACGCUAUCAUGCGACCAUUCUCUGAAUGUUGCUGCAAGAUCUGUGAAAAACCAUCUACACUGGACGUAAAACUGGACUCGCUUCUGGCUGGUUUGGAGGUGCUGAGCAUUGCGAAUAUGUGACUUAAUGAUAUACAAUGAGCUUUCUUUGGCACAUCUGCCCCCGUCUCUAUACUGAUCACAUAGUGCUAUACUUUAUAUACAGUGCCUCAUUGUGAGCAGUAAGGUCUGCUGACUAACAUUGGAUUUGGAGACAGACCUGGCCCGACCUCAUGUUCCUAUUCAUCAUCUUUAAAGUAAUUGUGUCUAUCUGCAGUGUUAUCAAAGUUAACUUCAGCGAUCGACUCAUUCUUGUGUGUUUUGUAAUACAGGGCAAACAAUGCUUACUGUAUGUAGUUUGAUGGUUCUGGCUAGAUGGGAUACAGCUAAAUCCUGUGUGGAGUUGGAUUUAGGAUUAGGUUUGGGAGUAGGAUUAGGAUGAAAAUAGCAGUUCUUGCUAAAUGGGAUACAGCACAUCCUAAAUCCCGUGAAAUGUUGGGUUUAAGGUUAGGUUUUUAGAGGGUAGGAUUAGGAUGAAAACAGCGCUUACCUGGCAAGAUUUCUCACAAAUUUUGGCUGUAGCUGUAUCCCUUUUAGUCACAACCUAGUUUGAUGAUCCAACAUCAGGUAUAAAUGCUUGAGAUUUGUUCAGCAAAGAUUGAACGUUGGGUUCUGACGUCACGCCGACGUUGGGUUUUGACGUCAACUGGACGUCGGGUUCUGACGUCGAUGCGACGUCAGGUUUUGACGUCAAUCAGACGUCGGUUUCUGACAUUGAUAUGACAUCGGGUUCUGACGUCGAUAUGAUGUUGAUCCGACGUCGGGUUCUGACGUCAGCCAGACUUCGGUUUCUGACAUCGAUACGACAUCAGGUUCUGACGUCGAUAUGAUGUUGAUCCGACGUCGUGUUCUGAUGUCAGCCAGAUGUUGGUUUCUGACGUCGAUACGACAUCGGGUUCUGACGUCGAUAUGAUGUUAAUCCGACGUCGGGUUCUGACGUCAGCCAGACGUCUGUUUCUGACUUCGAUACGACAUCAGGUUCUGACGUCGAUAUGAUGUGGAUCCGACGUCGGGUUCUGAUGUCAGCCAGACGUCGGUUUCUGACAUUGAUACGAUGUUGGGUUCUGACGACAAUACAACGUCGCAUUGUGACGUCGAUACGAUGUUGAUCAGCCAGGCGUUGAGUUCUGACGUCGCCCGAACAUUGGUUUCUGACGUCGACCCAACGUCAAGUUCUGACGUCGUUUUGACGUCGGGUUCUGCCGUCAACCGGAUGUUGGGUUCUGACGUCAGAAAACAGCAAAAAACACUGGAGUUUGGAAAAGUUAGAAAUCCAAAUUAGCAGAUCUUUAGAAAAAUGCGUUGGUGAAUCAGAUCAGGUUUUAAGUAGAUGAUUCGCAAUUUGAGAAACAAACGUGGAUGCAACAUGUUGUUUUGUUGUAUGAAAAGGAUACAAUCAUGACAUCAUUACUAUUGACCAAACUUUCUGACCCAAAUAUCAGAAUUCCAUUGGAAACCAAGUCAGGCAGGUGCACAGUGUGAACAAUGGAUUCAGUCAAACCCUCAUAGCAUCCUCUAUGUACCUGAGCAUGUCUGAGCAGCUUUAAUGAUAACAUUCACAAUGCCACAGCUAAAUCUGAGUAGUUUGAUAUUAAUGUAUAUCAGCUGAGGUUAUUAUCAGCAAAAGCAUGUGCUUUGGCUGGCUACAGCGUAAUUCACAUCUGUAUUGUAAUUAAACCUCUACUUAAUAUGCAAACCUCAACAUUUUAUAGUACCCAUGUCAUGGGCUUUCGGUGGGUAUAUUAUUAGAUGUACUCGAAUCACUUUGGAUCGCUACACACUCAGUAUUUUAAUAGCCACAGAUUAUUACACAUAUCCAUCAUUUAUAUUAGUGUCUGGUUCAUUUAUAUAUUCACCAAGUGUAUGCAGGGUUAAUACUGUACUAAACUGUACUAAGAUAACUGCUUAGCAUACCAACGACAAAGCCUAAAUCUUUUGAGAAGAUAAUUCUGUAAUAAUUCCACACUCUCAGAGAAAAGGUACAUAAGCUGUCACUGCAGUGCUACCCUUUCCAAAAUUAAAAUUUUGUACCUAAAGAGUUAGAGAUAUGCCAAAUGUCAAUGGUACAUAAUUGCCUUUUUAAAGGGUAAUGUAUGUAUGUUUAAAAAAGAAAAUUGUACUCUAAGAAACGCAUUGAGUUCAUUUUUCAAACCAAUGGGAUUUGUUUACUGUCAAAUGUUUUUUUUUUUUUUUUUUGAAUAUAUGUAUUUAAAAGGCUGAGUCUAGUAUUUGAAUGUGAAAUUUAAACUUGGGGUGGUAAAAGUGAAAUUUAAGGAAAAAAUUUGAAAAACUGCAUUUCAGUGUUUGUGAAAUAUACAGUGGUGAAAGUCUGUAAACUCUAAAUAUCACUUCGGUCUAAACAGUGUGAGGCAUAUAAAGAGGAUCUAAUAAGCCUGAUUAUACUGGAGAGAAAGUUAAAGUACUGUACUGCCAUACAAAGGCAAAAUGCAGGACCUACACUUAAACUUUGCAUAUUUACAACAACUGUGAUCACUGGAUUGCUAGGUGUUUAUUGAAGGUGUAUGUUUAUACAUUUGAUUAAUCUGAUAUAUCUGUUGCGCCUGAAUCUAUAAGCUGAAUGAACUGCUCACAUGUUGAGAUAAAUUAGUUUUGGGGUCAAUACUGAUUUCAGAUCAGUGUAAAGGUCAGCUGUAACUCAGUUUGUCUAUUGUCAGUGCAAUCAAUCAUGGGAUCAAGUAUGAGGCACGAAAUGUCCUAAACUGUCCUUUUGGUUCUUCAAUAUUUUAUUGACAUGUAUUUAUUGAAAUAAAAGAAUUUAGAAGCA